AUGAACCAUGUACACAUUGACGAUAGAGAGAGCCUUUACGAAAUUCAAAAACUCCAUGAUAUGGUCAGCAUCACCUACGAGUUCAAGGCUUGGAUAAUGGAGACCAAAUCCAUGAGAAAGAGAGAGGUCGCGUUCUAUCAAGAUGAGGAAUCUUUGAAUGAGGAUAUGGCAGUGACGCCCGGGGUUUACUAUCCAAGAAAAAGAUCAGUUCAUCACACCCGAAACUAUUCUCGGCACCACAAACGAAUUGUCUUCAGAAAUGGAGAGUUGAACAUCGAAAAAGCUAUCUCCAAUAAGUUUCUUCUCUCGAACUGGUUCAUUACAAUGGUUGAAGCUAGAUGGCGAUGGACAUUAAUCAAUUUCUUUAUGGCCUUUACCAUUGAUUGGAUGUUCUUCGGUUUCGUCUACUGGUUCAUCGCUUGGAAACAUGAAGACUUGUUAGAGGAACAUCUCUCUUCCAACAAUAACACCUGGGUACCGUGCGUCGAACAUAUUUACGGAUUUACAUCUAGUUUUCUUUUUAGUGUCGAAGUCCAUACUACAGUUGCCUAUGGUAGAAGAUCUAUAACUUUAGAAUGUCCACAAGCUAUUGUUGCUAUGUGUUUACAAUGCAUCUUAAGUUCUAUAUGCCAAGCCUUUUUGGUUGGUAUUUUGUUCGCAAAGUUGACUAGACCAAAAUCCAGGGCUCAAACUAUUCUUUUCAGUAAACAAGCUGUUAUAAACUCUAGAGAUGAAGAAUUAUGUCUUGUAUUUAGAGUCGGUGAUAUGAGGAAGUCCAGAAUACUGAAUAUUAAAGUAGCUGCAUUUGUUUUGAAGACAAAUGAUAAGGAUGAAUUUGUAGAUAGCAAUGAGCAAAUUAGCUUAGCGACUAAAAUAGAAGGUUGUGAGUCUACAUUUUUUCUGUGGCCUUUAUCAGUGAUACAUGUAAUAGACGAGCGUAGUCCUUUGUACAAUAUAUCUGCUGCUGAUUUGCUGUGUGGGGCUUUAGAAAUUUUAGUAGUAUUUGAAGGAGUAAUUGAAACUACUGGACAACCAGUACAAGCGAAAUCUAGUUAUACCAAACAUGAUAUUUUAUGGGGACAUCGUUUUACAUCUAUGAUUUGUUAUGAUUUAGAUAAAGAUAUGUAUGAUGUGGAUUUUUCGAGGUUAGGUUCUACGGAGCAAGUUGAUACUCCUUUGUGUUCAGCUGAAGAAUGUAGAAAUGCUUUACUGUGUUUGGAUAGUAAUAAAGAAGAUAUAUGA